AUGAAAAUUGUGAAAAUGUCGGACUACUAUCCUUCUGUUUUAUUCCACAAUCUGAUUCUGGAAAAUAUCAACAAAUUUGAAAAUCGGAUAGCUCUUGUUGAUGGAGAGAAAAUCGUCUAUUUUAAUGAGAUUCCAAAACUUGCUGAGAGUUUGGAAAAUACUAUUGAUCUUGAGAAAGGUAAAGUGAUUUUUUGAAAAAAUAGUCAUAGGGAUGGAAUUUCAGGCGAUGUGAUUUUGGUUUGCUUGCCAAAUUCGAUUUGGUUUCCACUUUUGUUUCUUGCGGCGGCAAAACUUGGAGUUGUAAUGUCUGGAAUAUCAAGUGAAUCAACAGAAAGUGAGAAAAACGGAGAUUUUAUAGAGCUUGAAUUUAAAAAAAACCACUAUAUUCCAAAUUUCCAGCCGAGAUUCAAUAUUUCAUCCAAGAAAGCGGUGCUAAAAUGUUAUACACUGAUCAAAAAACAUCUGAUAGACUAUCUGAUGUUGGAAUUCCAAUUUAUGUUCUCCAAGAAUUUGACAACAACUUCUCUGUAAAUCCAUCCAAAAACGAAUCUGGAAACAAUUCUGAAAUCAUCACAAUCGAUGAUGUUCUUCUUGCUCCAUUUUCCAGUGGCACAACUGGCUCGCCAAAAUGUUGCUUUCUAACACAUCGAAAUUUUCUUGCUAGCACUUAUUCUUUGAAACAGUAGGUUUUUUUUAAACUAACUUGAGACUAAUUUGCAAAUUUUAGAGCAGUAUUCGAUGAUCUUUUAAAAGAGAGUAACAAGAAAACCUUGGCGUUUUUACCAUUUUAUCAUGCUUCUGGAUUUUGGGCUCUUUUAUUAUGUUUGCUUGAAGGAUGCACAAUUUACAUCAUGAAUGAGUUUCAUCCUAUGAAAAUGAUGGAUAUGAUCGAAAAAUAUGAGGUUUUUUUCAACCUUUCAUCUAGAAAAAUGUACGGAAAUUAAAUAAUUCCAGAUUGAUACGAUUAAUAUUGUUCCGGUGAUUGCAAAUGUUUUUUUAAAGAUUGGAUUCAUUGGGGGAAGAUGUCGUAGUUUAAGGUAACUUUUAAAAUAUUCUCAAAAAAUGUUCAUUUUCUAUUAGAACAAUACUUUGUGGAUCGUCCGGACUUUCAAAGGAAAGGUGUCGACGACUUUUGAGCAUGUUCCCGCAAGUCACAAACUUUCUCCAAGGUUACGGAAUGACUGAAAUAGUGGUUUUAAGCAAUCUCACGCCAUUGAAUGAUAAUUUUGAGCAUCUUGGGAGUUGUGGCAAGUUGCUUCCAGGCUUCGAAGCAAAGCUCAGUGGAUUUGAUGGAGAAUUAUUUUUACGAUCUGAUGCUAUUAUGAAAACUUAUAAGAAUGGAUCGCCGAAUAUUGACGCUGAUGGUUGGAUGAAAAGUGGGGAUAUUGUUGAAAUAUCUGAUAAUGGAUUUUUCAACAUCGUGGAUAGAAAGAAGGAUAUGAUAAAGGUUAAUGGGUUCCAAGUUUCACCAACCGAAAUUGUGAGUUGAACAUUGUGCAAACAUUUUUUCUAAUGUGACAAUCAUCAAUAUAUUUCAGGAAAACGUAAUUCUCUCGCUUUCUAAAGUCGUUGAAGUUGCGGUUGUUGGAAUUGAAGAUGAACUAUCCGGUCAACUUCCAAAAGCAUUCAUAGUUCUCGAAGAGGGAUCAGAAGAACUCUUAUUCAUCAAACAAUUAGAGCAUGUGUUGAGAGGUUAGAAAGUGGUUUUAUAAUAACAUUAAUAAUAAUCAAAAAUAACAAAAAAAAAAUGGUUUCAGAAAAACUAUCAGCUAUAAAACAGCUUCGUGGUGGUAUUAGUUUUCUUAAGAAUUUGCCAAAAUCAGCAAGUGGAAAGGUACAGAAGAAUCGGCUUUUGGAACAAUUAUUAUAA